ACACGUGCUAUGUGCUGUCCUUUGCCAUCAUCAUGCUCAACACCAGCCUGCACAACCCCAACGUGAGGGACAAGCCGCCUGUCGAGCGCUUCAUCUCCAUGAACCGUGGCAUCAACGAGGGCGGAGACCUGCCCGAGGAGCUGCUCAGGAAUCUGUACGAGAGUAUCAAGAGUGAGCCUUUCAAAAUCCCAGAGGACGACGGCAACGAUCUGACGCACACGUUCUUCAACCCGGACAGAGAAGGCUGGCUGCUGAAGCUGGGUGGAAGAGUGAAAACCUGGAAGAGGAGAUGGUUCAUUUUGACAGACAACUGCCUCUAUUACUUUGAGUACACAACAGACAAGGAGCCCCGUGGCAUCAUCCCCCUGGAGAACCUAAGCAUCCGAGAGGUGGACGAGCCCAGGAAGCCUAACUGCUUUGAGCUUUACAACCCCAACCACAAAGGCCAGGUCAUCAAGGCCUGCAAGACGGAGGCCGACGGGCGAGUGGUGGAGGGCAACCACGUGGUCUACCGGAUAUCAGCGCCCACGCCCGAGGAGAAGGAGGAGUGGAUCAAAUCCAUCAAAGCCAGCAUCAGCAGGGAUCCCUUCUACGACAUGCUCGCCACCAGGAAGCGACGCAUCGCCAACAAGAAGUGAGACCCUCUGCCUGCCCAGUGCUGACCCGAUGUCAACACCCCCUGGUCUCCCCACUGCCUGCUCAGAGCUAACCCCCCCUCCCACACACACACACACACACACACACACACACACACACACACACACACACAAACACACACACACACACACACACACUCACACUACCCCCUACCCUGGGCAGUGACAGCUGGCACAGACUCAUGGGACAACCCGCCGCUCCACUCCAAUCUGGUUGCCCUCCCUUGAUCCUUACCCACCCCCUGGACAGUGACAAAACUGGACAACAGCAGGGACACGAUGGGACCAACUGUGUCGAACAGCGUCCCGAAAAAUCCCCCAUCUCUGCUCCAUGCCACCACGUUCCCCACGCAAACACAAAGCACCCCACGCACUCAUGGGGCCUGUUUAGUCUGCUCCGCUCCUCUGUUUAUAGACAAUCCCAUCCUGUGUUUCUCUCAGUUCCCGGAGAAACAAAUCUGUGGUUAAUCUGUCAUUUUUCACACGCAUGCAUGUGUGUGGGUAUGUAUGUAUGUGAGUUUUGUAUGUAUGUAUGUAAGUAUGUAUACAAACGGACUGAGUAUAUUUGAUUGCUAUGCCAAGUGUCAACUGGACUUGUCAUGUCUUUUGUUUCUGUAGUCGUUUUGUUCGCUCCAAUCAUUCACUGUGAGGGGACCGAGCAAAGGCUGGCGUUUCCCCCUGAGCUAGCUAGCGUGCUUUAUCUGAGACGACCCAAAUUAUGGUAAAACUAUUGCAGUCUCUUCAGCGCUCAGUGUGUCAAGAGUGUAGCUGGUGCCAUUUGUUAUGCCGAAUGAGCUUAUCGUCAGUCUUAAGUUUUAUUUGAGUCAAACAAUCCUCAAUACUACAAUUUAAAAAAAAGUCAGCUGGACUGAUUUCAGACCUUGUGUUAACAAGAAAUUGAUUGUCCAUUAUUUUUUGGGAAGGUAGUGACCAGUGAAAUUAAGCUCAGUCCUUAGACAACGAGUGUAGACAGACAAAUCUACAGCCAGAUGUCAAAGUGAUGUAGUGCAUUUGCACCCUCUCGCCAACCCCCCCACCCCCUGUUUUUAGUCCACUAUUAAGAAAUUUCUUGCAGUUGUGUCUACCAUAUGAAAAAAAUAUAUUUGAAUAUCUUUUCUAAAUAUUUAUUUUCUCUGUGAAAAAAAAGUUCAGAUUUUACCAGUAAUUGUUAAACUAUAGACCUAAGUUAUGUGUACAUAAUGUAUAAAAAUUUGAUCUACUUUUUUGUGGACUAUAUGUAUUACACUUGCAAUAUAUACAAGCCCUGUGGAUGACUCUGUUAAUUUGUGGCUGAAAUAGUGAAAAUGAAGCAGUUCAUUGCCAAUGCUAAUGUCAUUUUCUAAUGGACCUUGGCAGUAAGAAUGAGCCGUCUCAACUCAAGCCUCAGACUGAGCUGAUUUGUCCUGCAGCCUUAAUCAUAACUAAUGUGAACGCAACAGUGUGAGGAAGCUUUUAUUUUGGAUAAAUGUUAUGAUUAUGAUGAUAAUAAUUAUACUGUAUUGAUGAUGACUAUUAUUAUUAUUAUGCUAAUGAUUACAGUCAUACUGACUGAUUUCUGUCUUUACUUUUUUCUCACCUCUAGUAGAUAUAUAAACGUUUGUACAAUUAUAAAGAGCCCCAUUAACAGGGCAGACUAUAACCUUCUACUGCUGAGCCCUGAGCUUGUAAACUUUUUUAAAUGUCUGUAAAAGCUAUUGGUCAUACUGUACAUUACAUGUGAGAACAUAAAAAAAAAAACGAUUGAGAAAAGCCGA